GAUCCGUUUUCCAGUGACACACUCUAUGUGUGUUUGUUUCCUACCGGACGCAUGUCGUAGCUACCACCAGACAACGGGAAGAGAUCUUUGAUUAACGUUAAUCUAACUUCAGGUGGAUUUUUCCUUCCCUCAGGAUGUCUCGGGGCUCUAUUGAGAUCCCUUUACGGGACACGGAUGAGGUUAUUGAGCUUGACUUUGACCAGCUGCCCGAAGGAGACGAGGUCAUCAGUAUCCUGAAGCAGGAACACACACAGCUACACAUAUGGAUAGCUUUGGCGUUGGAGUACUACAAGCAAGGCAAAACAGAAGACUUCGUCAAGCUUCUGGAGGCAGCUCGUAUCGAUGGAAACCUCGACUACAGAGACCAUGAGAAGGACCAGAUGACGUGUCUGGACACAUUGGCAGCUUACUAUGUCCAGCAAGCACGCAAAGAAAAAAACAAAGAUGCCAAGAAAGAGCUCAUCACGCAGGCCACGCUGCUCUACACCAUGGCAGACAAGAUCAUCAUGUAUGAUCAGAACCAUCUGUUGGGGAGAGCCUGCUUCUGUCUGCUGGAAGGAGACAAAAUGGACCAGGCUGACGCUCAGUUCCACUUUGUCCUGAACCAGUCCACCAACAACAUCCCUGCUUUACUUGGCAAAGCUUGUAUCUCCUUCAAUAAGAAGGAUUACAGAGGAGCUCUGGCAUAUUACAAAAAGGCUCUCCGGACAAACCCAGGCUGCCCAGCCGAGGUGAGGUUGGGUAUGGGUCACUGUUUCGUCAAACUCAACAAACUGGAGAAGGCUCGUCUGGCUUUCGGUCGAGCCCUGGAGCUGAACUCAAAGUGUGUUGGAGCUCUCGUUGGUUUGGCUGUUUUAGAGCUCAACAACAAGGAGGCGGACUCCAUCAAGAACGGAGUGCAGCUGUUGUCGCGGGCGUACACCAUCGACCCCAGCAACCCCAUGGUGCUCAACCACCUCGCCAACCACUUCUUCUUCAAAAAGGACUACAGUAAAGUGCAGCAUCUGGCUCUCCACGCUUUCCACAACACAGAGGUUGAGGCCAUGCAGGCUGAGAGCUGCUACCAACUAGCCCGCUCAUUUCAUGUGCAGGAGGACUAUGACCAAGCAUUUCAGUAUUACUACCAGGCCACUCAGUUUGCCUCGUCCACCUUUGUGUUGCCCUUCUUUGGCCUGGGACAGAUGUAUGUGUAUCGAAGAGACAAGGAGAACGCGGCACAAUGCUUUGAAAAAGUUUUAAAGGCUUACCCGAACAACUACGAGACUAUGAAAAUUCUCGGGUCUCUGUAUGCGACGUCUGACGAUCAAGAGAAGAGAGACAUCGCCAAAGGUCACUUGAAGAAGGUGACAGAGCAGUAUCCAGAUGACGUGGAGGCCUGGAUCGAGUUGGCUCAAAUCCUAGAGCAGACUGACAUUCAAGGUGCGCUUUCUGCUUACGGCACAGCCACCCGCAUCCUGCAGGAGAAGGUGCAGGCGGACGUCCCCCCUGAGAUCCUCAACAACCUCGGAGCUCUUCACUUCAGACUGGGCAACCUCGGAGAAGCGAAGAAAUACUUUCUUGCAUCUCUGGACCGAGCCAAGGCUGAAGGAGAACACGACGAGCAUUACUACAACGCCAUCUCUGUCACCACCUCCUACAAUCUGGCCCGCCUGUACGAAGCCAUGAAUGAAUUUCACGAAGCUGAGAAGCUGUACAAGAACAUCCUGAGAGAGCAUCCUAACUAUGUGGACUGUUAUUUGCGCCUUGGAGCGAUGGCUCGUGACAAAGGAAACUUCUAUGAAGCUUCUGAUUGGUUCAAAGAAGCCCUGCAGAUCAAUCAGGAUCACCCGGAUGCCUGGUCCCUGAUUGGAAACCUUCACUUGGCCAAGCAAGAGUGGGGUCCAGGGCAGAAAAAGUUUGAGCGUAUUCUGAAGCAGCCGUCCACACAGAACGACACAUACUCCAUGCUGGCUCUGGGGAACGUGUGGCUGCAGACUCUGCACCAGCCAACCAGAGACCGGGAAAAGGAAAAAAGACACCAGGAUCGAGCCCUGGCGAUCUACAAACAAGUCCUGCGAAAUGACGCCAAGAACCUCUACGCUGCCAAUGGCAUCGGUGCCGUCCUGGCCCAUAAGGGCUACUACAGAGAGGCUCGAGACGUGUUUGCUCAGGUGAGAGAGGCCACAGCAGACAUCAGUGACGUCUGGUUGAACCUGGCUCACAUCUACGUGGAGCAGAAGCAGUACAUCAGCGCUGUGCAGAUGUAUGAGAACUGCCUGAAGAAGUUUUACAAAUAUCAGAACACGGAGGUGCUGCUGUACCUUGCGAGGGCGCUCUUCAAGUGUGGGAAACUGCAGGACUGCAAGCAGAUGCUGCUGAAGGCCCGUCAUGUGGCCCCCAGCGACACGGUGCUGAUGUUCAACGUGGCUCUGGUGCUUCAGAGACUGGCCACCCUCGUACUGAAAGAUGAGAAGAGCAACCUGAAGGCCGUGCUCAGCGCUGUCAAAGAGCUUGAACUGGCUCACAGGUAUUUCAGCUACCUCAGCAAAGCUGGAGACAAGAUGAGGUUUGAUCUGGCUCUUGCUGCAUCUGAGGCCAGGCAAUGCUCUGACCUGCUGAGUCAGGCUCAGUAUCAUGUGGCAAGAGCCAGAAAGCAGGAUGAGGAGGAGAAGGAGCUCCGUGCCAAACAAGAACAAGAGAGGGACUUCCUGCGUCAGCAGAUGAUGAAAGAACAGGAAGAAAAGCGGUCCAGAGAGGUGGAGGAACAAAAGAAGCUCCUGGAGCAGAGAGCUAUGUACGUGGAGAAAACCAAGAACCUGCUUAGCUUCACAGAGUCCGCAAAGGAGAUGGCCAAAGAGAAGAAGAAGGGAGGCGGAGGAGGGGGACGUCGAAGGAAAGGGGGCGACCAUGAUGAGUUUGUCAACGACGAUUCCGAUGAGGACCUGCCAGUGAGGAAGAAGAAGAAGAAGAGGGGCGGCAGUGGCAGCGAAGAGGAAGAGGGGGGUGAGGAUGGAGAGAAGAAGUCACGCAAGAAGAGGAGGAGACCUGCUAAAGGAGGAGGAGAUGAUGACAGUGAUGAUGAGGAAGGAGGGUCUCGACCCAAGAAGCAGCGUAGACCUAAAGAACGGAAGAGGAUUGAAAAGGCUCAGCCCGAGCGCCUGCCACCGUCUCUCAAAGGAAAGAUCAAAUCGAAGGCCAUCAUCUCUUCUUCGGACUCCUCUUCUGAUGAGGAUGGACUGAAAAUAGCUGAAGACAGACAACAAAGAGACAGCGGUUCAGGAUCUGACAACGAUGGCGCUCACAGGAAGCGCAUCGCCUCGGACAGCGACUCAGAUGCAGGAAGAAGGAAUCCGUCCGGCAGCGAGGCAGGCAGCCCUCGUCGCUCUGCGGGCUCAGAGGAUGACGAAUCCGGCAGUGACCGUCCAGUGAAGAAGAGGAGGCCGCAGCGGCAGUCCGACUCGGAGCAGUCGGACAACGAGAGCAAGAGGAGUCGUUCGGGGUCAGAUGACGGGUCCCGACCUGGUUCUCCGGCAGCGCGGUCAGACCGAGGAUCAGAGCCAGCAUCUGACGCGGGGUCGGACAACGAGGGCUCCCCGCGCCGCCAGAGCGGCUCUGAACCAGAGGCAUCAAACAAUGAUGACAGCGAUUAAAUCUUAACUCCUCCCCCUCAGAGACUUGUCCCAUGUCAUGUUGAGAAAAUCUCCACAUCUACAUCUUUUUAUUGUUUUCUAUUACAAGCAGGGAUUUCUGUCCGUAUGAUCUCUUUGAAUUAGCCUAGAGAAGUGUAGUCUCACGUCUUACCAGAGAUGUCUUUUCACAGAUGCUGUGCUUUGUUUAAAAUGAUUUAAAGACGGAUGAGAUACUUUCAAUUCUGAUAAAAAGGUGAGAACAUCUUUUUUUUCUUUUUUAUCUCAGAAGGUCAGACACGACACUGACCUGGAAAUGGAAAGAUGUGUCAACAUGAUGUCAAAUAAAAAGAGAUAAAGAACGGCA